CGGGUGCACCCAGGACCCGAGAGAGGCGAGAGCCCGCCGCUCCCAGGCGGCCCUGCCCAGCCCAGGGGGGCUGAAGGGAAGCGGCCCGGGGCUGGGCAGGGAGGAGACCGCGCCUAUAAAGACCCGUGGGAGAGCAGCCGGGCCCAGCCCGCCGAGCUCUGCCCCGCGAUAAAUCCACCUUCUUCCUUCCCCCGCAUCAGACUUUCCACUGGAGCGCCGGGGCCGGGCUGCUCGGGUUACACACGAGCCUGCGCCGGGCAGCGCGGCUGGGGCAGGAAGGGGGCUCCGCGAUGCCGCGUCGUUCCGCCCCCCGGGCUCGGAGCGGGCCCCGCUGAUCGGCCCGCAGCCGGGGGGUCAGCCGCGCCCGGGCCCGAGACGGUCCCCGCGGGAGCUGCCCGGCACCGAGGGAUGGUUGCGCGCGGAGCCAGCCGGGGCUUGCCCAGCGCCAUGCGCUGCGGGCGGCCCCUGGGCUCAGCCUGACCGCGGGCGCCGGCCGGCGGGGAGUCUGGGCGCUUCUCCCCCACCCUGAAGCCGCGGGGCGGGAUGGAGCUGCGGGCGCUGUGUGGGGCGCUGUACUGGCUGCUGCUGCCGCUCUCGCUCCUGGCCGCUUGUGUGUUCCGGUUCAAUGCCCUCUCGCUCGUGUACCUGCUGUACCUGCUGCUGCUCCCGUGGUUCUUGGGACCCACUGAACACACCAUCAAAGGGCACACAGGCCGUCUCCUCCAAGCUCUCCUGGGAACCAGCAUCCUCUUCCUCACUGCCCACUUGGUCUUCCAGAUAUGCCUGUACACUGUGCCGGAUCUGGGCCAGCUGCUGGGACAGAACUGCAGCAGGUGGGAAACGCUCGCCCGUCACAUUGGGGUCACCAGGCUGGACCUAAACGACAUCCCCAACUCUGUGCGCCUGGUGGCUCCCGACCUGGGGAUCCUGCUGGUCUCUGCCAUCUGCCUGGGCCUGGGCCGCCGCCUCGUGCCCAAGGGCAGCGCAGCGGCGCGUGUCCGGAGGCUGGAGUCGCUCGAGCCCCUCGAACAGGAGGAGGACCUGGAGAGGCCGGCUGGGCAAGGCGCUGCAGAGGAGGUGGGCUCUGCGAAGCGAAAGGGGCUGCUGGCUGCUACGCUGCGGGUGAGGGCGCACUGGCUUCUGCUGGCGGUCGGGAAGUGUCUGGUCAUCCUGCUGCUGGCUCUGGCAGGGAUCGCUCUGCCAUCCGCCUUCUCCAGCAUCUAUUACCUGCUCUUCGUGGGCAUCUGCACCUGGUGGGCCUGCCACUUCCCCAUCAGCCACCUGGGCUUCAACACGCUGUGCGUCAUGGUGGGCGUCUUCGCCGCCGGCCACCUGCUCUGCAUCUACAGCUACCAGGCGCCGUUCAUCCAGGGGCUGUUCCCCCCCGCCAGCAUCUGGGCACGCGUAUUCGGCUUGAAGGCCUUCAUCCUGCCGCUAAACUGCACUAACCCCAACGCCCUCCUCCUCAACACCAGCCACCCCUGGCCGGUCUACGUGAACCCCGGCGUCCUGCUGGUGCUGUAUUUCACCGUGGCCUCUCUGCUGAAGCUGAGGAAGUUGGACUCCUCUGAACGGAAGGACAAGGCAGAGGCGUCAGCGGUGGCGGCGGAGCCCCAGGAUGAACUGGUGGAGCUGGAGAGCUGGCCCAGGGAGGGAGACUGCCUGGCAGAAGACACCGAGCGGAUGCUGUCCCCGGGCACCGAGGCCUCAGCUGCGGACACUGAAAACUGCACCGUGCACGUGAUCGGGCCAGCGAGUAAGAAGCCGGAGCGGCGCAGGCAAAGGCUGCCCCUGCACGCGCUGGGGCACGUGAUCAUGAACCAGAGCUACGUCUGUGCCCUCAUCGCCAUGAUGGUGAGCCUGGGGCAGGGCUCCGAGCGGCUGGGCAGGGGCUGCACCAGCUCCGGACCGGAGCUCUGAUCCCCAGUGUGGGCUGGGCUGA